UGCUUACAGGUGUUUCUUUUCUGUUCUGACAGAGUUGUUGCCAUGGCGACUCAAGUGCUGGGACAGUCUGGUGGGAACAGCCUCUUUCCUGGCAGUGCUAAUAUUGGUGUGGCUUUGUCCAACGACAUGUAUGACUUACACGACCUUUCUAAAGCUGAGCUGGCAGCUCCUCAGCUUAUUAUGUUGGCAAAUGUUGCCUUGACAGGAGAAGUCAAUGGCAACUGCUGUGACUACCUGGUUGGAGAAGAGAGGCAAAUGGCAGAGCUGACGACGGUGGGGGACAGCAACUUCUCAGACAGCGAUGGAGAGGGCAUGGAAGAUAGCCAGGCUGUGGAGAGUGACCGCGAGGCACCUGAAAACACGGAAUUAAGCUCUCUUGAAGUUCCCAGUGCGGAAACCCAAGGUGCAGCUGCUUGCCCCUCUCCUAAGACUCCCAGUGGGGACAAAGACGGCUCAUUGGAAGCACCAGCUACACCAGAGAGCACAGAGGACAAGUCUAAGAGCUCAAAGAGCAAGCCGUUUCGUUGUAAGCCUUGCCAGUACGAGGCAGAGUGUGAGGAGGAGUUUGUGCAUCAUAUCAGAGUUCACAGUGCUCAGAAAUUCUUUGUGGAAGAAAGUGCAGAAAAGCAAGCCCAGUUGAAGGAGUCUGAUUCUUUCCUCGCAGAAGAGGUGGAUUUCUCUAAAGGCCCAAUCCGUUGUGAUCGCUGUGGCUAUAACACUAACAGAUACGAUCACUAUCUGGCUCACUUGAAGCACCACAACAAAGCAGGGGAAAAUGAGAGAGUCUACAAGUGUACCAUAUGCACUUAUACUACCGUCAGUGAAUAUCACUGGAAGAAACACUUAAGAAAUCAUUUUCCCAGGAAAGUGUAUUCCUGCUCACAAUGCUCCUAUUUUUCAGAUAGGAAGAACAAUUAUAUUCAACAUAUUCGUACUCACACAGGAGAGCGACCCUAUCGAUGUGCUAUGUGUCCUUAUUCCAGCUCUCAGAAGACCCAUUUAACUAGGCAUAUGCGCACCCACUCAGGUGAGAAGCCAUUCAAAUGUGAUCAGUGCAGCUAUGUGGCCUCAAACCAGCAUGAAGUAACUCGUCACGCAAGGCAGGUUCACAAUGGGCCGAAGCCUCUGACUUGCCCGCACUGUGACUACAAAACAGCUGACCGCAGCAAUUUCAAAAAGCACGUUGAGCUCCACCUCAACCCGCGCCAGUUCCUCUGUCCUGUUUGUGAUUACGCAGCGUCUAAAAAAUGUAACCUGCAGUAUCACAUCAAAUCCAGGCAUCCUGAUUGUUCUGACAUCACCAUGGAUGUUUCAAAGGUGAAGCUACGGACUAAAAAGAGCGAAGAUGACUUUUCCGAGGGCAUUAAUGGCAAAGGAGAGAAGGAACAAGCAAAAGGGGAUUCAGCUGCAAAGAAAACUGAGAAAAUUGUGAAAGUGGAGAAAAAAGAUAAUUUAGCAAAAGAAAAGAAGCCAACGAGUAAUGUUUCUGCAGGCCAGGUGACAACCAGAAGCCGGAAGUCUGCUUCAAAACCCAAGGAGGUGGAUAUUAAAACUGAGAAAAAUACUGAGAAAACAUGUAAAAUGAAGAAGAGCAAAAGAAAGGCAGAGGCUGAAGUAACUUCCUCAAAGCAAGAGCCUGCAGAUGAUACUUCAGCAGUAACAAAAAAGAAAAAGAAAGUGGAAGCUAAACCCAGAGACUACCAAGAAGCUCAAAGAAGUGACAUUGUACCAGAGGAGGAGCCUAAAAAGCAAAAUCCUUGCCUCAAGAAAAACAGAAAAAAGAAAUCUCUGAAAAAUAGUAAUGGUAAAAAAAGCAGUAAACUUGACCAGGAGAAGACUGAGGAAGAGGAGAUGCCAGAUGAGUGUCAUACCACAGAAGAAGAUAGAUGUAUGAAGCCUGAAACUGAGGGCAGUGACCAGAAAGAGCAAGAUCCCACUGACACAACAGCAUUAAAUAAUGAUGGUGGUCAUGCUCUGAAGGCAAAGAGCACCAGUCCUGUAGGAAGCUGCGUACAAGAUCCAGGGCAGCUGUGUGUGCCAGCUCAGGAUGCAAACACAGAAGACAAAGUAGAGGACCAAGAAAUGCCAGCUGCGGCAGAAGAGAGCAAAGAUGCUGUUGGUGAUGAAAAAGAGGAGAAAAAGGUGGACAAAGGGGAAGACACAUGCUCUGAGGAAUCUUCCCAUGCAGUGUCUUCUGAAAAAAGCUUGGAUGUGCCCACAGAUGUGGUACUAGAUCUGGCGCCUCAGAAUAAGCCAGAGGAAACCUUUGUGGCAGAAACUGUGAGUAACUCAGACCUGAUGGACCUGACCAAGACGUGCCUGCCAGUGACAGAGCCAACAGGAGAUGUCGUGCCAGCACCUGCACCCCCAGAAGGAUGUACACAAAGCCCUAAAGUAGAUCUGGCCUUGUCAUCUCCGGAGAACACAGCAGUGAAUGAAUCUCAGGAAAUGGAGGAGGAUGAGGGCAUCCACAGCCACGAAGGCAGCGACAUCAGUGACAACAUAUCAGAAGGAAGCGAUGACUCGGGGUUAAAUGGUGCUCGCUCCAUACAAGAGGAAACAAGUGCAAAGACAUCACAAGGAGCUGCAGACACCACAGUGGCCAGUCUGAACUAUGUGUGCAUUUUUUGUGACCGCUCAUUUAAAAAGGAAGGUGAAUACAGCAAGCACCUCCAUCGCCACUUAGUUAAUGUGUAUUAUCUUGAGAAGGCAGCAAAAGGGCAACAGUAG